CAUCGUGUACCAUCCUUUGGAGGCCAGAGGUGGACAGAGUAUGGUUCCUGCUGACUUGGAUGAUCAUUCCUCCCUGACCUAUCCGAUUAUUGUGAAGACAGAGGGCAACAUGGCAGAAGAUUCAAAAAAAGAAAAAAACACAGAAAAUUUGAACAAGAAUGCAGAUAUGAUCCUAGUGAUAUCUGAUGAUGAUGAUGAUGUGACAAUGGAGCUGGAAACACAGAAAAGGGAGACGACAGAGAAGGAAGAGCCACCGCAAGUAAAGGUGGAGCAAGCAAAAGCAGCAGUGGACAAAGGAAAUGAAGGUAGCAGUGAUACUUUGUUGCGUUUUAUCAGAAGAUACUGCAGUGACACUGGACAUACACACUUAAAUACAAGCACAGACACUCAGGUUUCUGUCCCUUCAGUUUCUGCCAUCUUGAGUCCAACCCACCCCACCGACAUCAUUAUGGCCUGCUCUCGCACACCGUACUGCCUCUACCUGUAUGUGGGCGUGGAGCUGGGUGGAGGGCAGAAAACGAGCGUCGUUCUGGUUGGAUACUUCGACAAGAGCUUAGGGGCCAGUGUGGUAAGGCCACUACUCACACUGCAGAUGAGUGUUGAUGCUGUUGAUCAACAAACCGUAGCGGAAAAAUCUACUGACAAUACUGAUGCAUGCCUCCUGAUUGAGACGCUGAAGAAAUGUGACCUCGUUCUGUACAAAGUUGUUGCAUUUUACUGUAACGCUCCAAACCCGGGAAUGAGCCGGGCGAUUGAACUCAUGCUCCAGGCUUUCAACCCAAAGUUAGUAUCACUCUGCGGCCUCACCGGCAUGGCAACAAGAGCCUGCCAGGCCGGACUCUUGGCUUCCUUUAGUUGCGUGGUUGACCUGAUUAGAGACAUCCGCCAUAACUACGACACCUACCCACCCGUUUGUGGCAGUCUGAAAGGGCUAUUUUCGGAGCCUUAUAACCCAUCCCUCCCUAUCUCUGCGCAGUGUUUGUUUACCACCCAUGCUGUGCAGAGGAUUGUAGGCAGCUGGAGGCCUUUAGUGGACUAUUUUAAGUCACUGAAGCAAGCACAGGAUACUGACCGAAUCAGAACCCAGUUGAUGGAUCAUAAAGUGAAACUUCGCUUUAUUUUCCUCUCACACAUGUUGGAGCCCCUCCAAGCUCUCCAAAAAUUGCAGCAAUGUGGCACUAACGUGGCAAUGGAGCUCCAGCUGACCUCCAUGCUGGUUCACACCUAUGCAGCCAAUAUCCUCCGGCCCUGUGUCGCUGAGUGCUUUACCAGGAAGCGAGACCUGAGUCUCAUCCUAAAUUGGGCGAAGCGUCUCCCGAUAAAAGAGGUGCGCGUAGGUGCUCGUGCCAGAGAAUUCCUGUGGGCCACCGCUGUCGUCGAUCUGGGAGAAGAGGAGAGAAGGGACUUCCUGAAGGACGCAUCGACUUUCUAUGAAGCCGCACUUAAGUGUUUAGUGGAGAGUCUUCCUGGGCAUCUUGGAGAAGUUGCUCUGACGAAUAUCAACGCAGUGCUGAAACAUUCAGAAAACAUCAGCAGCAAUAAAUUGUCUAGUAAUGCGCUGUCAGAGAUGGGGAUACAACUGGGUUUGCCUUCAGAGAGCCAUCAUCUGGCAUACGACUACCUCAAAUUCACCAAGACUGUGAAAGUAGAGCAUUGCUGGGCAAAGAUGUUGGAUGCCACCAGACCAUACUCUGCUCUGCGUAAACUCCUCCUGACCAUCCUGGCCCUGCCAAGUGCUCUGGGCAGGACGCAGGUGUUUGCUAAAGUGUUCAACAAGGCUCUGCCUCCCAGCAAGGAAACUCCCGAAGCCUCAUCUCAACUAUGCAGUUGGGCAGAAGAACCCUGCAUCAGUAAACUAAGGAAAUCUGCUCAGGCCAGUAAUAGUGACGAGAAGAACAAAGACACAUCAUCAAAGGAUGGUGACAGGAUUGAAGCCAGUCUACAGCUUCCUUCAAAAUGCUCCAGCACUAUGGAAGACUCGGACUACACAGACAAUUCCUCUGAUGUGGUUGAUGUCACAGAAGAGUCCAAAAAGAGUCGUACCAGCAGACAAAUGGAAACAGAAAGUGUAAGAACACCACAGUCUGCAUUCGUUGAGAUCUGUGUUGUUGAUGAUGCUGAUGAAGAUGCUGAUGACGAUGAUGAUGAUGACCACUGCGUGAUUUCCACAAGCUCACCACCUAACUCUGUAGAAUUGCUGGAUGUGAUGGGGGAGCUGGUCUGGGGUGAAGUGCAGGGUUUCUCUCCUUGGCCAGCCAUCAUCAUACCCUGCAGUGGUGAGACUCAACUUCAAGAGAGCAGGAUGGUGCAGUGGUACGGACAAAACAUGUCCUCCCAGGUCAGUUUACAGGCUCUGAAACCAUUUGCUGCCUUCGCCCAGCACUUCUGUUCCAAUUCCUUGGCCAUCCUCGUCACCUACCGAGAAGCCCUCUUCUUGUCUCUGCAGGAGGCAGCUCUACGUUGUAAGAAACAUUUUUCUGAAUGCGUUGGGGACCGCGAUGAGUUGCUGAAACAGAUGUUGGACUGGGCUAUUGGAGGAUUUCAACCAAUGGGGCUAAACCAUCUCAAACCAACAGCUGUCACAAAUGGUGUUACUAAAACGAACAACAGACCAAAGGUAAUGCUGAAACGUUUACUGAAGCCCCACUCCUAUCAUCCGCCCCUCAGCUCCUCGAGCCCAAUGAGCAGAAACAUAAACACUAUCGGCACUGAGCCAAAAGAGUCGGCCUCCAUUAGCAAACUGUCAUGCAACUCCACAGAGAACUUGUCUCACAUGGGUGGAGGUAGAAAAAGUGCACUGGAGGAAGGAUUUGAUUCUGCGGAAAAAAGCACUGGACGAGUCAUGAAGGAGAAGGAAUCCAGGGGAGAAUGUGCAUCAGAGAUGGGGGAAAAAGCAAAGGGAGGGUGGGAGCCGAAAGAGUCGGCCGCCAUUAGCAAACUGUCAUGCAACUCCACAGAGAACUUGUCUCACAUGGGUGAAGGUGGAAAAGGUGCACUGGAGGAUGGAUUUGAUUCUGUGGAAAAAAGCACUGGAGUCAUCAAGGAGAAGGAAUCCAGGGGAGAAUGGGCAUCAGAGAUGGGGAAAAAAGCAAAGGGAGGGUGGGAGAAAGCGAGAGAGGACUGGAGUGGACGUUGGGGGAAGGGUAAGGGAGGGAAGGCUCAGAAGAAGAAAAGCAAUUUGUUUGAUGGAUCUGAUGAGGACAAGUCACCAGACUUUUUGCCAAACAAGAAGAGGGCCUACACCAAAUCUUACAAAAAGGUCAACCAGGCGUCCAGCGACUACAUCCAGCCGGACCAGAAACGCAGAGGGAAUACCAUCCGUAGAAUCUUGGACAUGAAGCUGGCCAUCGACGGCUUCUGUUUGUGUUGUGGAACCGAAGACAUUGAGAUCUGUCACCCUCUGUUUAAAGGCAGCCUCUGCUCCAACUGUGAAGACAACUUAAAAGAAACGCUGUAUCGUUAUGAUGAAGAUGGAUAUCAAUCCUAUUGUACCAUCUGCUGCUAUGGCCUGGAGGUCAUAAUGUGUGGCAAUGAUAGCUGCUGCAGAUCGUAUUGCAGAGACUGUCUGAGCAUCCUUGUUGGUCCGGGGACGUUUGAUUCGUUGAAGCUUCUGGACCCGUGGAUCUGCUACUUAUGUCAGCCUCAUCGACCCCAUGGGGCUCUGAUUCCCAGAGAGGACUGGAGCAUUCGCGUUCAGGAGUUAUUCGCCAACAACAGUGCCAUGGCGUUUGAGCCUCACCGUGUUUACCCGUCCAUCCCUGCAAACCUGCGCAGACCACUCCGAGUUCUCGCACUGUUCGAUGGCAUAGCAACUGGCUACCUGGUGCUGAAGGAUCUCGGCAUCAAAGUAGAGACAUAUGUUGCCUCGGAGGUCUGCGAAGAUUCGCUUGCCGUGGCAGUCGUGAACCACGAUGGGAAGAUCAACCACAUUGGUGAUGCCCGGCUCAUCACCCAGGAAUAUAUCGAUCGGUGGGGUCCGUUUGAUUUGCUGAUCGGUGGCAGCCCCUGUAACGACCUCUCAAUCGUCAACCCAUUCAGAAAAGGCCUUUAUGAGGGCACUGGCAGGCUGUUCUUUGAUUUCUACCGCAUCCUUCAGCUGCUGAAGCCUAAAGAGGAAGACCCCAGGCCGUUCUUCUGGCUGUUUGAGAACGUGGUCUUCAUGAACAGACAUGACAAAGUCAACAUCUGCCGCUUCCUCGAGUGUAACCCUGUGCUGGUGAAUGCAGUGGAAGUCAGCCCUGCUCACAGAGCCCGUUGCUUCUGGGGAAACAUCCCAGGGAUGAGCAGGCCCAUUACAGCGUCCAAAAACGACAAGCUGAAUCUCCAGGACUGUUUAGAGAUCGGUAGAGAAGCCAGGGUCUCUAAGGUGAGGACAAUCACCACCAAUCCAAACUCUCUGAAGCAGUGCAAAGGUGGCGCUUCGCUUCUUCCUGUCCUCCAGAAUGGCAAAGAGGACAACCUCUGGAUCACUGAGCUAGAAAAGAUAUUUGGGUUCCCUAAACAUUAUACCGAUGUGAGAAACAUGAACCGGCAGCAGAGGCAGAAGGUGCUGGGGAAGGCCUGGAGCGUGCCUGUCAUCCGUCACCUCUUUGCUCCCCUGAAAGACUAUUUUGCCUGUGAGGAGCUGCCUCCUUUGACCACCUCCAACUACACACAUUCUCCGCCCCCCUCUGCAUCUCCAGAACUGCAGCAGCUGAGAUAGAGGGAAGUUAAGUAAUGUUUUGUAGGAGGAGGGACUUUUCCCCACCACAUGCAUGAAUGAACUAUGCAGUCUUUCUACUACUUUGAGCUCACAGACAGGCUUUUGUGGAUCACUGCCACUGGGACAAAUGGCUGAACACUUGGGUCUCUUGCAUUGAGUCACACAUGCAGUUUGUGUGCAAAGCCAACAGUCACUUUGGAUUCCAACGGCGCAGAAAAGGAAGGAUCAUGCUCCCUCCAGCUUUUGCCUCAACUCUGUUAAUUUUCCUCCUGAACCUCUCCACCUACUGGAGUUUAGACACUGCCAUAUCCCCCUUGUUUCUAAGGCUAAAGUAGCCCAGUUGAAAAGCAGAGGCAGAGUAUCCUGACUGAUCACAUAUGAUUUCCUUUUUUACCCUUUCAUCUGGUAUUUCUGUGCAGGAAACGAGAAUGUAUAUCACUGUCAAUAAUGGUGCUGUCUGCCUAAUGAAACAUCAUCAUGAGCAUACAUAAAAUCAUUUAAAUUAUUUGUUUGUGAUGACUAUGAAUAUUCAUCACAUAUCUUCAAGUUAUACAUGCUUAUGUGGCAUAAACACUUGAGCUUUUUAAGCAUUUUAAAAAACAAAUAAGAAAUGUUCACAUGUUGGCUGUUAUAUUUUUAGUCUCAUCCAUUUUCUCUCGUGGAUUUGUAUGAGGUACUUAUCCAUAGUCAGUGUAUUAUCUAUAGUAGAUGGCGGUUGGUACACCGGAAACAAAGUUCUUAUCAGGUAUCACCCACACUUCAGACACAGACUUUUCAUCAUGUUUUUAAUCUGCAAACUUUUCAUUAUUUUAGUUUUAUCUUUUUCUUUUCUUUCUUAACUCAACUUAGGUUCAAAUACAUUACUUUCUACUUUUCUCAUGUGUAUUUAGGAGGGCACAUUAUUAACUUGUAUUGAUGGUUGCUUCUGUGUGUGUGUGUGUGUGUGUGUGUGUGUGCGUGUGCACACUGCCACUUUUACAUUGACAAAACUGAUGGACGGAAGAGUCUUUAUGCUGCUGUGGUGCUAAUAAUAUAACAAAGCCACAAUGAUGAUUGCCAAUUAAGUUUUAUACUUUUUUUUAAUUGGUGUUUGUGAUGAUCCUCAACCACUGAGACCUAAUUCACUGAUUAUUGUAUAGAAUACAAAUACAGAGUGAUGAGAUCUAUUUUGAUUGAUAAUUGUCUCAUGAAUGUUGGUUUUUGUGACCUUUUUUUCCGCUGACUGGUGUAAGUGGGCUGUCCAGUAUUGUUGCACAUAAAUCCGGGAGGAUGGAUUCAGAGAAGGUGUAAAUGUUCAAUCUGUAAGGGUCCAUCCUUUCAUCUCAAGUACUGUACCAGAUACUGUUUUGUUUUUUUUAAUCUUUGAGGUACACUGUCUUGUGUAAAUGAAAAUAUUUUUUUAUUUGUACUGUAGACUUUUGACAAGAUAAAUAA